AUGUGGGUGACCAGCGCUUCAGCCUCCUCCUUGAUGAAUCCACGGAUGUCAGUACCUGGAGGUUGUAAUAAAGUACUUCAGAAACCCCAAGCGUCUGCUGGUGUCUAUGUCUGCAUUUCUGGGGCUUGUUGAUUUGGAGGAAAGAGAUGCCAGAUCUAUAGCCCAUGCUGUUGUGGCUUGCCUUGCGAGGAGUGUAGGCUUAAAAAAGAAUAACUCCUGGGGAUACGGAUUGAUAAUGCCUCUGUUAUGACGGAGAUAAACAAUGGGGUCCAUAAAGUGCUGAAGGAGGAAAAUGGCCUCAAAGAUCUUGUGCUUAUUUGUUGUGUGUGUCACUCUCUGCAGUUUGCUGUUAGUCAUGCUUCAAAUGACACCAUCCUUCAUAGUGUGGAAUACUUGGUACAAGAGACUUACAAUUAGUUUUCAGUGUCUCCAAAGCACAGGGAGGCCUACAAGGCCAUCUAUGAGACUAUCAACUGUGGUGAGAAACCCUUACAGAUAACUAAGGUGUGUGCCACACAAUGGCUCUCAUUGAACCUGCAGUUUCAUGCAUUUUGGAUCAGUAGGAGGAGCUUAGGCUGCAUUUCUCAGUCACAAAGUCCAGUGAACACUGCUACAUAGGUGAGGUUUUAUACAACAUCUACAACGAUCCUCAAAACAUCUUGGGCUCUAUUUUUGUGCCUCGCCAGCGGCGUGUGCAGGCACAGUGUAAGUCAGGUCCACCGACAAGGUGUGCCCAAGCACACUUCGGUAUUUUGGUGAGCAGCGCAGCCUGGCGUAAGUAUCCCCCCUCCCCAACUCAGCUCCUCCCAGCGGCAAGCCGUAGAGAGGUAGAGUAGAAGGCGUGGAGUGGUUUUAACACAGCCAAGACCUGUUUUCGCCAAUCAUAUCAGUUCCUCUCCUCACCUUUAAAUCCGCCACCGGCAAGGCGUAUUACAAUUUUCGUGCAGUAGUCAAAGAGAUCAAGACAUGGCUGAAGACAGCAAUGCCACACGAUGUCGACAGAAGGCAGCCCCUCAACAAGUGUUGUUGUAAGCGCUGCAGAGAGCGUCCUGCACACUUUCUCAAAUAAGCACAGAGAGAUUUGAUGUGUGUAAGAUUGUACCCACCGAUAAGACAAACACUUGUUUUCACAAAUAAAGACACUCACACCAAGUUGCAUAUAUUCAAACCUCACGUGACAAAGGUAGGUUGUGCGCACAGACCACGACAUGAAUUCCAAUAAUGGCAUUAAAAUCGGAACCCCCUGUGCGUAAAUGACGCAUCACGCUCCUUCUUUCAUAGAUGUUGCCAUAAAAAAUAAAUUUGGCUCACAAAACUGAAUGUUAAAAUAUUCCGAUGUGGGCCUGAGAGAAAGGGGAACACAUUCAAUAUUUUGUUAACUUCAUCAUGUGUGACUCUUUACUGGAUAUUUAAUUUAAUGUGAUUUCAGCUGUGUUGAUUUGGUCCGGUUAAGUGUCCAAACGCGUGCCAAACGCGCUCAUCAGAUCAGAUAUAGAUCAGAAUAUAUCUAUAGAUCCAAAUUUAUUUGCUGACUCAGAAUAUUGGCUGUUGUUGAUUAUUUAUUCCACUAAAAUGUGCCUGAUACUGUCUAAACCUGCCUGUGAGGCAUUGGUGACUACGCCGCUGGUCUACUAAAAUACCUCUAGACCAGCUGCGCUCCGCCUGCGCUGAAAGCUGACCAGGUUUGAAUCGGCGAGCUUUCAGCGCACUUUCCACGCUGCCAGCGAGCACAAAAAUGUCACUGUGCCAGCUGAUUCCGUCAACACCUCCCCCUGCCAUGCCACCACGCCCAGCUUGGUGGCCCUCGGUGUGCCUCAGUUCACGAAAAUAUAAAACUGGCUGUGCGCCGGACUCUGCCAGGUGAAAAUACCACUGUGCGGGGUCUGCCAAUGUCCGCCGCACCACCGGCGGGCACGAAAAGGUGCACUGUCAACAUGGAGACAAUUCCCACUGAGAGCACAGGGCCCGCCCACCUGGUCUUGAUUGACAGCUAUCUUCCAGACACCACAACACAGAGACAGCCAGACUGCCUUGAGUUUCAAGUCAGAUUCAUGACAAAGACCCAAAAUCAUCAACGCCUUGACAUAUCAGCACAAUGUUUGACAUGUCCCUUCGUGACCCCACUCUGAAGACAUGUCCCACCAGUGGCCAUCUUGGAUGACCCCACCAUUCCGAAACAGGAAGUGGCCCUUAAUGCAUUCAUGCCUUACACGCAAAACAUGGCCUAAAGGUCCUUACACACCGGGAGCGUUUUUUCGUGCGAUUAUUUCGGAUGUCAAUAUUUUUUUUGAACCCGCAUCCUGUCAAUACAAGCGUUGAGUUUCCCGUACAGUUUCCCGUCCUGCAAUAUUGCCGCAUUCAUUUUUUUGUAGCACAAUUUUUCUAAAGUUUUGCAUACUGUGUGUCCACUUCUGAUCAAUCAGAUUGUGUGUUGUUGCGAUGUCUGAUUCACUGAUAUAUUCAGUAUAGCCGACCGGCUGAUUGUUUACGUGUCGGAGAAAAGAGUGCUUUUUGAUAAAAGACACACACAUUACAAAGACAACAACUCUCAUAUGAUGAUGGUUUGUGUGCUUUAACAGUUUGCUAAACGUCUUUGUUUUAACUUUCAUCUGUGCUAAGUAACUUUAGCUCGUAAGCUAACCUGUUCAGAUACAACAUACCAUAUGUAUUUUCACUGUCUUCAACUCAAUCGCGUUGCUGUCACAGCACCGUUAGGUCUCGGUUGUUACCUUAUGUUUAUGGAUUAUAGUUUAAUGUGCUUAUCUGGUGUUGGCCCCGACUCAGUACAUGCUAUCAUGACAGACAGCCUCAACACUAGUGUCUAAUCAGAACUGAAAAACAGUCAGUCUGGUGUUGAGUCAGUCUUCUCGCUUCCACCUGGGACGCGUCUUUUUUCCCCCAGAAAGUCGCAAAACUGCAUCGGGUUUGAUGUGUAUAGUCAGGCGCGCCAAAAUUGGCCUCCAAAUAUUUCCUAAUUUUGCGUCAUUCCUGGUGUGUAAGGAACUUUAAUGUGAGUAAAUUGGCGGCAAGCAGCAGUGAAUCGGCAAGUGGGCAGGCAUUAUAUCAAAAUUUCCCUGGAAUUAUCUAGUUAUUAUUAGUAUUAUUACUAUUUUUAUUUUUAUUAUUAUUAUCAUAAACAUCAGGGAACAUGGAUCUGAAACAUGAUUGGGGUUUGUGGUUUGGUUCUUCUGCAGCAGACAGGUUUUUGUACGAGCUCUUCUCACUGUGUGGCUUAACACUUACUACUACAUCUUUGGCUCUGGAACAACACUGUUUGUUUCAGGUAAGAAUAACAUUUUAUUUCUUUAGUUGAUUUAUUGAACCAGUCCAAAGCAGGUUUGAUCAUUUUUUCUCUGUUAACAAAGAUAACUGUGAGUUUAUUUCGAUUAUCAGAGAGAAAUUUGCUGCCGAGCGGCUCCUGAGACACAAAAGAGUUUCAUUUCUCUCUCUGUAUUUGAUCCUCUCUAUUUUUUUCAUUUAAAAAUAUUUUACAAUAAUCAGAUCAGCUGUAAUGUCCUUUCAAUCAAAUAUGUUCUGACAAAUGAAGCAUAUUUGUCUUCAAAUACGUUUCAAUGAACCACGGUUGUGGAAGUUUAUAUUACAGUACUUGUCGAUGUUGGCAACAGAAGCACUUCUACCAGACAAAAGUCUACAUCUUAUAUGAUUUCAUUUUAUAUGAUAAUCUUUUACUAUCUCAUUUCCCUUGAGAGACUAACAAACCAUCUGGCUGCAUUUCUGAAAUUAUUUUCAGAAAGAAAAUUACAAUAUUUUCAUUUCUUCUUCUAUAUUUGAUAUAAAUUUAAUAUGACACAUGGGACUAUAAAGAACAUUUUACAAACCAAUAAUUGAAUCAAUACAUUUUUGAUUUAUUAUUAUAAAGAUGUUUUCAUUUGUACUGUCUAACAAUAUAAACCUUAGUCAUUACUCUGUAGCACAAGAGGCUUCAUUCAUAUUUUAUGUCAAAAUACAAUUAAGUAUCAAAUUAAUACAAAACAUGUAACACUACUGUAGUAAUUUUUUCUCUGUUACAGUAUGUUGAAAUAAUACAGGAAUAUAGGUUACUCUGGUGUCAUUUUUUCACUCUCUAAUUCGAUAUAAAAUUAACUUAUAUACAGUAAAAAGCUAUUCAUGAUAUUAUGAAAUGUUUGAAACUGUACGUUCGUCUGUGCUGAUACAUUAAUAUAUUGUCAGUAAAUAAUAAAGUUUUAAUAAUGAUGAUAAUAACGAUAACAAUUACACUGCUACAAACAAUAAUAAUAACAUUAAUAUUACUACUACUAAUACCAAUAAUAAUAAUAAAAAUAAUUAUUAUUAUCAUUACUAGUUGUAGUAUUAGUAUCAGUAUUACUAGUAUUAUAAGUAUUAUGGAUAUUAUUACUUAAAGUAAUAGAAAAUGAGUAUCAUUAAAACUGCUUUAUAAAAUUUAAAUGAUUAGAUAACCAUACAGGUACGACAUAUUUAAAAUAUCAAACAGAUUAUUUCCACUGAGGUAUUAACAAAGUAAUUUUUUGUAUUUUUAUUUUUCAAAUGAUAUUUUAAAAAUUAAAAUGAAAUUUUUCUUACUUUUUUAUUUUAUUUAAAAAGGUCAGCUUACACUGAGGAAAGUUAAUCUAAACAUAUCACAAAAUCUUUCUGGGCUCAUGAUUUUAGAAACACUUUAAAAAGCAUCUGGAAUCCUAUUUUUUUCUAACUGUAACUCUUAACAGUCCUGAAUAAUAAAAAGGAGAAUAAAUAACUGAUGUGUUUAUUGGUAUUUGAGUUAACUAUGUUAAAGGGUUAAAAUGUAUGAAUUAGUCUGAGGUUUUUACAUUUUCAUUAUUUACACUGAUGAUGUUGUUAUUUUCCAGACAAAUAUAAUUCAAACUAAUGUGGAUGAGAUACCCUUGUUUAAAAAGAUAUUUUUAACGUAUUUGAAAUGAAUCAGUGAAUGUAAAUUAAUGUAACUAUGUAAUGACUUUAAAAAGUAUAUGAUAUAAUACAACAUAAUUCACUUUUUUAUAAACCUAAUUUUUCAUACACAAACUUUGAAGUUUUAUAAAAAUAUUCAUGCAUAUUUAUUUCUUUGUGUGCUUGGAGAUAACUAUACAAAAUGCUAAUAUGAUGUUAGACUUAACAAUAUUUUUAUAGUUGUCAUAAACUUAAUAUCUGAUCUAAUGUCUUUGGUAAGAGAUCUAGUUUCAGUAUAUUGAACUUAAGUUCGUGUUGCUGAGUGUUUAGGAGCUCAGAGCUGGUUUGUUGUUCAGGAUUAGACUGAAUGCAGAACUGGAAGCUGCUGACUGUGUGAAUGUGUGUGUGCUGCUUAUUUCUCUUCAGGUGAGCAGGUAGUGGAGCCUGUGGUGAGAGUGUACCCGGCUGCAUCCAGAGGCCAGCUGCUGUGUGUGGCCUCAGGCAUGUUUCCUCCUCUGGUGAAAUUUUCCUGGAAAAGACAAAAGGAGCGUGAUGGUGUGGAGGUGCUGCCCUCUGCUGACAGUCGGCAGCAGAAGCUCCAAGAGACUGGAUGUUCAGCCUCUGUCUUACACAUCAAUCAGCAAGAGAUCAGCUCUGAUCAAUACCUCUGCAACGUGCAGCACCAGGGAGGAACCAGGGAGGUCCCAGCACCAACAGGUAAUGAAGGCUUGAUGAGCGCGCUUCUUAUGGUGAGACUUAAAGAGACGCCAGGGGACCAGAGGACUGACACUGUUUUAACUCCUUUACUCUGUUUUUGAAGGUCCUGUGACUCCAGCACCAACACUGUCACCCUCAACAGCACCAACACCACCACCGUCACCGUCACCAUCACCUUCAUCAUCACCGUCACCUCCUCUCCCAGCAUCCCUUUCUGUCCUGUCUCAGCACCAGGUGAAGCUGCUCUCUCUGCUGUACUCACUGCUGAUAGUGAAGAGUCUGGUGUACUGCUGUGGACUCUUUCUGAUGACCAUCUUCAGAGACAAGUGA